AUGUGGAAAAUGAUGCUAAACAUUGAUGGUGAGUUUUAAGGUUAAGCUCUUAAACUUCUGAUCAUAUAUUGUGCAAAGGGUGUCUUUAAAUAUGUCAAGGUUGUUCCCCCAGGCCCUCUCCAUCCUUUAUAAAGGAAUAGUGGUAACACUACAAAUCCCACACAAGGUACUUUUAUGUCUGUCUCACACCCCAUCAUAAACACAACGUGAAUAAGUAAUUUCCAAUUAAAUCAAAUUCCCUGCAUACCUAGGUCUGUAGUCAGUCAAAGCUUCUGUAUUUUGUGCAGCCAACUGACACAGUCAACAAGCAUCUCUGCCUUUUUCUUUGUAUAUCAAAGCUCUGGAAUAGAUCAUCACAGUACUUUGUUAUAGUUGUCCAAGCUGGAGAACAUUAAUGUUUUAGUUCAGCUCUCAAUGAAUUAAAGGAAUGCUUUAAAAUAAUACAUAUAUUAUGUGAUCAGAUGUAUUCCUUGCUAGGCUUAGAUUAGGGACUGCUCCCCUUUUAUUUUUAAAAAAACAAGUCAACUUGCCUUUAAUCCAGCGCUAAGACAGUCUUUUCACAGCAAUCUGAUCUGCCUAAAAUGAGAUCCUUAAUCAUAUCCUUGGCAGCAGAUGCUCCACAUAGAAAAAAAAAAAACCAAACAUUGAGGACCAUAAUUGCUUCUGUGGCAAUCACUGCGAUCUGCCAAUCUAAUGCUUCUCUGUAACGCACAAACUCCAGUGCAUUCAGUGGUCUCUGGUUAUAUCAUACUGUUCUUCAAUGGUUUUCUGUUAAAAUGUGGGAUGGAACCUGGGGAGCUAUAAAUGAUUGGGUUGCAUAUUUUGCAAUAAAGUUACUCACUUAAAAGGGCACUCGAAGCAAAGAAUGGGAGCUUGCAGCAGAUUCUAUAACUUUAAUUGUGAGUGCUUUUAAGUUUGCAGUAGUCGGACUGUAUUGUAAACGGCUAAAUGUUGUGGAAGGAUAUUUCACUUGGAAUGUAGACCCAAUAUUAAACGUAUAUAAAAACAGCACAAGUGCAAUGUAAUUAGGCCUCUGGAUCGUCCUCUUGUUAUGUUUUCACAUGCUCAUUCAUCCAUGCUGGCUAAUGUCAGAUUCCUGAUGCUUGUUAUGUGGAAAUUUUAGUAAUGACCGCAGUUGUUUUUAACAUAAAAUAACAUGUGGAAUUAUAUCAUUUGAAAAUAGCUAAUGGGUGUUGGCACAGAGUGCUUAUGUAUAGCAUGCCGCAAUAUUUCACAACACAGGUUUUAAAGGAUUACUCCUACCCUUUAUGACACUAAUUUGCUUUUGAUUUACAAGGCAAAAAUAACACUUGUGUGGUCUUAUCAUAAGCGUCUGAUGCUCAUGAAUGUGCAGUGUUUCAUGCACAAAUGCUGCACAUUCAGACCUCUUCCACCAUGACCACUUCAAAUCUCUAUUGUGGUUGGAGUAACACUUUAAAAAUGGUUAACCGACAAAGGAGAAUGUGGUUUAAGAGAUGACUGUGUCCCUGCUCAAAUGAGUUUACAAUGUAUAGGGAAGUUUGCUAUUUAUUUGUCUCCGUUAGAUUUACAUCAGUCUAAGUUAGGAGCACGUUAUCACAUGUAGCAGUCAGAUUAAUUUAAGGAAGACCAUUUCUGUGCGAGAAAGUUGGGUAAUGGGAGGUGGAUGACGUUAAGGGGAAAACAAUUGCGCUUUAAGGUAUGACAACACUACUUCUUUGAUAAACUGAUUUAUCCCCACCUGAAUGGGUGAAUAUUUAUUUUCAUUUGGUGUAGGUAUAAACACCUGCUUCUGUCUAACAGUACAACAAAUAUUUCAGAAGUACAGGCAUGUUGAAGUAUAUACAGAGAAUACGGUCUGACGACUUGUUUCACAUUUGGCCCAUCAAUUAUCUUUUUUUUUCCAGUUUCUGCGACUGCCUUUUAUAAAGCACAACCUGUUAUCCAGUUUAUGUGUGAAGUUCUGGACAUCCAUAACAUCGACGAACAACCACGAGCUCUGACAGAUUCUCAUCGGGUAAAAUUUACAAAAGAAAUUAAGGGUAAGUGAAAGAUUGUUUCCAGGUGACUUUAUGUGCUCAAUUACUAUUUUCCUGCAAGGGGGAAUUGUAACUGUCACAUUACAGGAUUGUUGAUCUUUACUUAUGACUAUUUUCAACAAAAUUAUGGAUUUGUGGUGUGUGAUAAACAAAAUGUAAAUGAAUUUCUAUAUCAUGCCCUUGCAGUCUAACUGCUCAUGUCUCUGCCAUGUAGGAGUUAAAUAACCUUGUUUGUACUGCCCUAGUCACACCUACCCUGCAUAUGACCUACAGUGUCCAUACAUAUUUCCUGUAAAGAGAGAUCUAAUGUUUAAGCGGUCUUUAUUACACAGUCAGUUUAAUAUAGAAUUUAUCUGCUUUUAAAUAUCAUGAAGGAGCCUGCUGUGUGUGAUUCAAGGUUUUUUUUACAUCUUAAAAUAAGCACAGUGCUGUCACAUGUAUAUUAUUAUUAUUAUUAUUUUUUUUUUUUUCUUGUUGGCAAUUUGAGUCACAGCCAGGGCAGGUGUGGCUAGUGCUGCUUAAACAGACACAAAAGUAACUGAAUUCCUAAAUGGCGGAAAACUAAGAAAUGAAACUACGGGGACCUGAUCUAUACUCUAAAAUUGAUUCAUUAAACUUAAGUUAUUUUGGUGCUUAGUUUCCCAUUAAUGUUAAAGGGAUUCUAUAGUCAUCAAAUCAACUUUAGCUUAAUAAAGCAGUUCUGGUAUAUAGAUGAUGCCCCUGCUGUCUCACUGCUCCAUUCUCUGCCAUUUAGGAGUUAAGUCACUCUGUUUAUGCAGCACUUCCAUGCAUGUGACUUACACAGGCUUCCUAAACACCGUAAAAUGCAUUUAUUGCAAGUUAUGUUUAAUUUCGAAUUUCUUAUCUCCUGCUCUAUUAAUAGCUUGCUAGGCCCUGCAUGAGCCUCCAGUGUGUGUUUAAAGUUCAAUUUGUAGAGCAGGAGAUAAAAACUUAAGUAAGUUAACAUUUGAUUGUUUUCAUGCAGUUUGUGUCUGUCGCAGUCAGGGGAGGAGGUGUGGCUAAGACUGCAUAAACAGAAACAAGAGUGAUUUAACUCCUAAUUGGUAGAGAAUUGAGCAGUGCAACUUUAGAGGCAUGAUCUAUACAAAAAAAAAUUGCUUGAUUAGGCUACGGUUGUUUUGGUGAUUAGUGUACCUUUAAGUGUGUGUGCCUGUAAUACAUGCUAAAUGUUUAUAUACUGUUAUUUUGGUGAAUGAAAAAUUGAGUUACACAUUUAACCCCUUAAGGACACAUGACAUGUGUAACAUGUCAUGAUUCCCUUUUAUUACAGAAGUUUGGCCCUUAAGGGGUUAAGCAGUCUUCUGAUAAACACUUAUUGAAUAUUUUAGCUCUUUCUAUUCACUUUACUUAAAGGAACACUAAAAAAAAUUAACUACUCAAGUAACCCUCCUCCACCUGUAUGUAGUAGCCUUUUGCUAUUGACUCAUUGGCUGAGAACAAUCAACUGAUACCACCAGCCUAUAAGCUGGCCCAAGAGGGUUACCGAAGGGUCUAUGCAAGCUUCUGGCUCUCAAAAAAAAAAAGUGACUGGCAGGCUCUAGGUUAGAAUUUAAACUGUUGGCAAACAAUUUGACUAUUUUAAUUGUGGCUCCAGGGUGCUUCUGGCACCAUAACCACAAUGGUGCACUGUAGUUAUUGUGGUGUUUGGAGUGUUCCUUAAGUAAAACGCACAGGUUUUCAUAAUCCCAGACUGGCAAAACAUGGAGAGCAGAAGAGAGAGACAUGCAUACACCACACCCCAUUAGAAAUGGAACAGCCCAGUACAACUUUAGAUACCUACCAGUCUUUUAAUUUUUGCUUUUCUCUCCUUUUUGCUAGCAGUGACCUCUCUCCCCCAUCUUCUUCUUUUAAAGCUCACUUCUGCCAUCCCAAUCAGUUUGUGACCCUUGGUUUGUCAUUUAUUCUGGACCUAAUUUCUCUACCUAAGUUUGACUACUACUUUCAUGUCUUGCAUCCCUAGUUUUAGAAUUUCUCAAACCAUUUAAUCCACCCUGGUUUGUGUCCCCUGUCUUGCAUGCUGCCUAUUGUAUUCCUUUUUAGUUUGCACAGGCAAAUCUGUUCUGGAAGCAUACUGAAGAAUUCAAUACGCAUUGACAUCAGUUUGUCUGGUGCAGUGAUGUCAGUGCGCAGGCCACCUAUGUUUGUACAGUGGGCUUUUUAUAGGCAACUAUAGUUAAGAAUGGAUAUAUUGCAGAGCUUGACUAACAAGGGCCUAUCCUGGGUCUCUGUUUCCAAUACUGGCUGCAUUACUUUUGUGCCUCAGAACUGAGGUGGUCGGUGGUAGUUUUGCAGUCUGUGAGAUGACAACCUUUUGCUUUGCCACAACAAAUAUGCUUUCAUUGACCAAAGUAACAGGGGACACUUUUUAUGGUAUGUUAUUCAAUGUAGUUUCUUUUCUUCACUUUAUUUUAGAUACGCUUUUUUCUCUCUUUUUAAAUAAAAUUUGAACUAUAUAAUCUUUAGUACUUACUUUGUGAACCAAUUUAACUAUACUGCCUCUACUCUUGAUGAACAUUCACAAUGUCUGCUUACUUUGUGUAUGAGCAGUAGGUUUACAUUCUCUGUAAUUCGGUAAUGCAGCUGGAUUGAGUGCUUUUUAUUUUCUGUCGGUGUGAUCUUUUGUAUGCUUGGCACAGGUCUGAAGGUCGAAGUUACUCAUUGUGGAACAAUGAGAAGAAAAUACCGUGUCUGCAAUGUGACCAGGAGAGCCACCAGCCAUCAAACGUAAGGCCCAUCCUAUUUUGUUCCCUGCUUAUUAUAAUAAUAAAGAUACCAGUAUCUGAUAUGUCAAAACAUAAAUAGUAGAUAUUUUGAUUUUUAGAUGAUUAGAUACUUUAAAGGGACACUCUAGACACUAUAGGCAUUUAUUGAAGUGGUCUGGGUGCAGUGUCUCUGUCCCCUUUACCCUGCAACGUAAAGCAUUGCAGUUUCAGACAAAGGUGAUUUUAACAAUGUAUUCACCGGUGGGGGAACACUGAGGAAGGAGGACACAAGUGAUAGGAACAUUUGCGAAAAAUUUUUAAAAUGGAAAGCCAAUAAACAUACUGUAGCAUUGUGAUAAAUGUUGAAAUUUGCCCCCCUUCCUCUACUUUCCCUUUGCGACAGAUUUUACAAUGAUGCCAACGGUUAUAGAUUCAUGAAGAGACAUAUCUGUACAAAUGCACACUCAGGAGCUGGCAUCUACAGUGCAGGCAAACAUUUGUGUAUUUAAUCUGUACAGCUGCUUGCAUACCUAUUGUUUUCUUGUGAAAGUAGUACCGUCCAGGGUUGUGUAGCAUGUGGUCAUUUGGUUAGAUGUUCCAAAAAGCUUCCCAUAUUUAGAUCCAGUUACUCCCGUUGUAUUUGAAAUGAGUUCUUUCUCCACAGCUUCCCUUUACAGUUGGAGAAUGGACAGACGGCAGAAAGGACAGUUGUUCAGUACUUUAAGGAAAAGUAUGGCCUACAGCUAAAGUACCCUCAUCUGCCCUGUUUACAAGUUGGACAGGAGCAGAAACACACAUACCUGCCUCUAGAAGUAAGUAAUACAAUAUUGACUUAAAGCUUAGUGGUUGAGUAAUGUAUGAGCUACAUCCAGGCACUGUGCCAUUCAGAGACCGGAUCACAUAGCAUUUUACCACAUUAUUACUGUUCAGCAUUGAGUGUAAUUUGUAUUUUGAAAAGUGGUUUAAAAUCAUAUUCAUGAUGGUGAAAAUAUGCAUCAUCUUAAAUCCUCUCCGUAAGGACUACACAAUAUUCUUCAACCUGGAAAUCAACCAUAUCGCCCUAGUAAGCUAAUUUAAUCACUUCUUCGUUACACACAACACUAUUUAAAAAAAUAUAUUACACACAAAAAUAUGCCUGCAAUAUUUAAUUAACACACAACUCAGAAUGUAACCCAAAAUAAAUAUAAGUGGAGCAGUAUUAUUUAGUGGAUAUUCCCCACACCAAAAAAUAAAGGUAUGUUAUCCUUGUAUGUCUAUAAGCGGCAUCUUCAAUCACUCAGCCAACUCAGUGAUACAUAUAUUGAAAAAAAUUUGAUAAUUUCAAUGGUAGUAAAAUGCCCACACUGAAUGAAAUCUUGAAUAGAAUUUUACGGAUACAUAUAUUCAAACCCAUAUCUGCAAACAUUUCAGUUAUUUAUCGGCCCCCUGGUUCUCCUCAUCUCUUCCUUGACCAUAUUGCUGCCUGGCUUCCUUACUUUCAAGGGUUAUCACAUCCCUAAGUCUCAGUGAUUUCAACAUUCCCAUUAACCCACCCUUGUCCUCAGCCUCAAAACUUAUUUGAAUCACCUCCUCCUUUGGGCUAUCACAGUGGGCUAUUAGAAACAUAGAAACAUAGAAUGUGACGGCAGAUAAGAACCAUUCGGCCCAUCUAGUCUGCCCAAUUUUCUAAAAACUUUCAUUAGUCCCUAGCCUUAUCUUAUAGUUAGGAUAGCCUUAUGCCUAUCCCAUGCAUGCUUAAACUCCUUUACUGUGUUAACCUCUACCACUUCAGCUGGAAGGCUAUUCCAUACAUCCACUACCCUCUCAGUAAAGUAAUACUUCCUGAUACUAUUUUUAAACCUUUGUCCCUCUAAUUUAAGACUAUGUCCUCUUGUUGUGGUAGUUUUUCUUCUUUUAAAUAUAGUCUCCUCCUUUACUGUGUUGAUUCCCUUUAUAUAUUUAAAUGUUUCUAUCAUAUCCCCCCUGUCUCGUCUUUCCUCCCACACAUGUAGCUGGCAAUACCCUAGAUCUUAUUAUUUCAAAUGCAUGCUCAGUCUUUAAUCUCUGUAAUACUCCAUUUUCUCAAUCAGUCGACCACCCCCUAUCAUUUGUUCUUGAGUGCCCCCACACCCAAUAUCCUAAACCUAACUCCACUCAUCUCAGGAGGAAUUUUAAUUCUCUUGACCUCCAGCAGCUCUCGACUGAUAUCCAUUCUGAACUCUCAUCCAUCCCUACCCUCUCCUGUCUCUCUCUGGCGAUCUCCUCAUACCCUCACCCCCGCCCUAGACGCUGCAGCCCCACUCCAAGCACGCACUUCAAGGAGGACGCGCCUCCAGCCAUGGCACAAUAAGUCAACCCGCUACCUGCAGAGAUGCUCCCGUUCAGCUGAACGCUGCUGGAGGAAGUCUCCUUGUCAGACUUUCAACACUAUAAGUUAAUCUUGCAUUCAUGCAGCGCAGCCCUCACCCUUGCUAAACAGUCCUUCUUUUCUUCUCUCAGUUCAUGCUCCCGUAAUCCUAGGCUUCGCCCUGCUGUGGCCACCCCACAAACGAAUCUUUCAGCCGAUAGCUUUGCAUGUUACUUUACUGACAAGAUUAAACAGUUAAGGAAUUAAUUCUUUCCCCCCUUCUCCCCUCUCUAUCUUAACCUCAGUUUGACUAUACCAUCCCUACCCUCCAUGCCUUCUCUCCAUUUACUGAACAUGAGGUGGCUGCACUUCUGCUUUCCUCUCGUCCCACCACGUGUCCGCUCCAUCCCAUCCCGUCCCACCUCAUCAUAUCUCUCGCCCCUUGUCUGGUGCAGUCAUUAAUGCACAUCUUCAACUGCUCUUUCUUUUGGUGUUGUCCCAGCUCCCCUUAAACAUGCUACUAUUGUACCUGUCCUCAAAAAGCCAUCUCUUGACCCUACUUCCCAUAUCCCUGCUCCCUUUCUCCUAAAAGCUUUUGGAAAGACUUGCCUUUACCUGUGUCUUGCUUUCUCAACUCCAACUCUCUUCUUGACCUUCUUCAGUCUGGAUUCUGCCCCCUCCACUCCACAGAGAUUGCUCUGACUAGAGUUACAAAUUAUCUAAUUGCAGCUAAAUCCAAAGGCCACUACUCCAUACUAAUUCUUCUUGAUCUCUCAGCUGCCUUUGACACGGUUGAUCAUGGCCUCCUUCUCCUAACUCUUCAAUCUCUUGGUUUCUGUAACACAGCCCUCUCAUGGUUCUCUUACUAUCUCUCCCAACACUCCUUCAGUGUCUUUUUCCAACACCUCUCCUCGUCCUGUCUCAGUCGCUGACGACACCCAGAUAUACCUCUCAUCCCCUGACCUCUUCCCUGCUGUCAUACAUGUCACCAACUGCCUUUCUUCUAUCUAUGACUGGAUGUCCUCACGCUUUCUAAAAACUCACUCUCUAAAACUGAGCUCCUUAUCCCCCCCACCCUCAUAAUGCUGAUCCUCCUCCUUCGCUUUCCCUGAAAGUUGAUGGUACUUGCAUCAGUCCAUCCUUGCAAGCUCGUUGUCUUGGUGUUCUCUUUGAACCUGGCCUCACCUUUGCGCCUCAUCCAGAAUGUUGCUAAAAUCUGUUGAUUCCAGCUUAAAAACCUUGUCCGCAUACACCCUUUCUUAUGCAAGAAGCUUGUUCAUGCUCUAGUAAUUGGUCUCCCCAGAAGCCGUACUGCCCCCCUUCAAUCUGCCAUAAAUGCUGCUGCCAUGCUGAUCUUUAUCUCAUGUAGCUCCUUACACUGGCUUCCUGUAAAAUACUAAUCCUUACCUAUAAAGCUCUAGCCCCCCUUAUAUUUCCUCACUGAUUCAUAGGUAUGCCCCCUCUCUGUCUCUCUGCUCUACUGGUGACCUUCUCCUGUCUGCUGCUUGCACCCUUACUGCAAAUUCAUGCCUGCAAGUUUUUUCAUGGGUUCCUUUUGAACAACCUGCCUACCGAUGUCAGACUCUCCCCUAGUCUUCGAUCCUUUAAGAAGUCCCUCAAAGCCCAUCAUGCUUAUGGCCUCCAGGAGUAACUUCUAUCUCUUGCUCUCUUCUAAAGGGCCACACUUCACUCUCAUCUCCAGUUCUUCUUUCCUACCACGUCUAUUUGCUGUCUCCCUCAAUACCCUUUCUUUAGUGGUUUUAUACCCCACCUCCUCUAGACUGUAAGCUCGUUUGACCAGGGUUCUCAACUACCUAUUGCUCCUGUUACAUUUUGUUAUUGUCUCAUUUGGUAAAUCCCCCUCUUAUUGUAAAGCGCUGCGGAAUAAGCUGGCGCGAUCUAAAUAUCAAUAAUAAUAAAAAAAGAUAGAUGUUAAUAUAUUCAAUCAAAUAAACCCCUUUAUAACAUAAAACCAAUAUAUUAAGCACACAAAAAACACUUCUGCUUAAAGGAAAGCGUGGUGAGCAAACAUUAAAUUCCACACUAUUCACAAACUGGCUUAAUCACUCAGAACCUAUUCGGUCCUGUGCUCAGGAAUACACCGGUCCGCUCAGCUGUCCUUACAGCACUAGAUGCGGCUUACUCCUGAUGAUUUUGCCGGUUCCUUCUGUGUUACACCGCCUUGCGUCUCUCCAUUUUGCCGGUUACUUCUGGCUUCCUCAGGACAUAAAGGCCCUUCUCCAAGAAGGAGAAAGCAACAUUAAGGGCGCAAAUGGUAAUGAUGCGAUUGCCUUCAUUGGUGCGUUUGCCAAUCCUUCAGUUACAUAUUGCCAUAUGACUGCAGGUUUUUUUUUUAGUCCAUGUUCACAAAUAAUACAACAGUGGUGAAUCACCACAAGUUAGCAGGGUGAAUUAGUCAUAAUUCGUUCGUACUUGAGAACAGAAAUAUAUAGUUUAAUUGCACAUACACAUAUAUUGCACAUCAUUGUUUAACUUGAUAAAAGAAAGUCUCCGUUUAUGUUUUAUACAGUAACAAAAACGUACCCAGCUCAAUAAAAAUACCAUUAUAAAUAUCCAUACAUAAUCUGUUUUAAAAAUAUUUAAAACAUAUUUACUUUGUAAUUUACUAAUAAAAGAUCAGCAAUUGCUUAAAUGAAGAUAGCAUAAUUUAAUUUAAAUAUAGAUGGAAAUAAAAUAUUUUAAUUUAAAAAUCAUUAGUCCGUUUGGGACCAAAGUAUUCAAUUCAAAUAUCCAUUUCAUUUCUGCCUGUCCCAGCUUUUGAUUAAAAUCACCUCCUCCCCAUUACCUUUUAAUCCUUAGAAUACCUAUAAAAUCCACAUUAUAGUUAUCCCUAAAGUGCAGUGAUACUUGAUUCUGUGCGCAUUAACCUAGUGGUACGACAUAUAUAGUUUAGCCCACAUGGACACGUAAGCAUGUAUGCAACAUUUCGAGAAUUAAGUUAUUCCAUCUCUAAUAGUAUAAAUAUUAGCAGUAAAUUCUCUAAAGCCUUUUUUUUCCCCUUUGUAUUUUGCGGUAUAACUACCACAUUAAAAAAAAAAAGAAAAUGAACCCAAAAAGUUUUUUUUUUUUUUUUUUUUUUUUUUUUAUAUUGUCCAUAGGUUUCUCUAAAAUAUUAUCUGUUAAAUAUUUUAAUUUGGCUACCCCCUGUAUUAUCCUUGGUUUCCUUUAAGAUCGGGUCACUUAGUAAUAAAUGCCAGUAAUUAUUAUAUUUCUUACUUUGUUGUUGUGACCUUCGGAGAAUUGACAAGUAAAAGGAAUUCCAUUGCUACACUUCUAUUUUAUUUUUAUAAUCUAGUAACUUUGUUUGAUCCAUUGUUUGUAUGUCUUUGGUAGCUGUAAUUAAAAUAUUUUCACUCUAACCUCUAUCUUUAAAAUACAAAAUCACUCUCCUACGUUUGUGUGCAUACAUUGAUAAGCCGCCAAAUUAAAACCACCUGCCCAAGAGCAUGUAGGUCCCCCUUGUGCUGCCAAAACAGCCCUGAUGCAUAACGGCAUGGUUCCACAAGACCUCUGAAAUUGUCCUGUGCUAUCUGGCACCAAGACAUAAAUAAAAUUGUAACUUCUAAAUGAAAGUACUGAGACAUCAAGAGCACACCAAAUCAAACUCAUUAAGCUUAACUUGCUCUGGUUCUUACGAUGUCAUUUUUACCUAUGUUGAUCAAAACUGUUGGUUGUCCCUUAGUAAACAGAAAUGGAGCCGAAGAAAGUUUAACAAACAUACCAGGUACCUGUGAUUUCAAUGAAAUUCACACUUGGUUUUUGAUUACUUUAUGUAUAUGAUGGUUGGAAUGGCUUUCUAACACUGCCAUUGCAGGUGGACAUAAAACCCACAAACAACUUUUAGUCUCACUGUGUUUCUGACUAUAUAAAUGAAGAAAAAAAUAAGCUUUUAGUUAAUGACUCUUUUAAAAGGCCUAAUAAUUUUAUCAUCUUGUAUUGGUGUCUGCUGUUUGUUAUACUGCACUGCUAUUCUGUAAAUUUAUAAUAUUCUGUAUAGUUUCCUUUUUUCUCUCUAUGAUUUAAGUUAUGCCUUUAGAUUAUUAUUUUUCACUUUCAAUUUCUAUAUUUUCAGGUCUGUAACAUUGUGGCUGGCCAGCGAUGCAUCAAGAAGCUGACUGACAAUCAGACAUCCACCAUGAUCAAGGCUACAGCCAGGUCUGCUCCAGACAGGCAGGAGGAGAUCAGCCGGCUGGUGAGUGUUGCGUCUCAGUACCUUUUUAUUUUAAAUAAUAGUUUAUAAAUUACCGGUACUUUAUUCUUUUAGGCUACAAUCAAAUAUAAAUGCUUUGAGGUAGGAUUUGAUUUUAAAUAGUGGUUUUAAAUCACAAGUCAAUGAGAUUCAAUUUAAACGAUCUUCAAAUCUUGGUUGUUAUAAUCUUUAGUAUUUUCAAUCAGCUAAAAAAAAAAUCAUGCUUGGCAUAAGAACCUUUUGGAUUAUAUAUCAGAACUGAUUUUGUUCUAAACCAUUAUAAAUACAUAGAUGCUGUUAUUAUUGCAAGGAGAACCAUGUCCUUUUAUAUUUAGUGAACGACUUAAAUUGUUUUAUUUAGCUAAAACAAUAGUUGUAUUUCCUUUAACUUUAGUGUUCACUAAAGAUAUUACACAAUAUGUUGGGGGGGGGAAUCUUGAGCUUAAAUGGUUUGUCCUCUUAUCUUGGUCCUAAUUGGGAGCCAAGCCUUCUCUGGUUCUUGGUGAUAUGAAUCUGGCUUCUGAAUAGCUGCAGAAAACUGCCAAUCUCACUCUCGGUGAAUAACUUUUUAUGCAAAGAAUAUGCAUAUUAUGUGACCUUAGAAAGACUGGAUCUCUGCCUCAUAUUGAAACACUGCACACAGACUCCAAGCACCAUGGCCUCUUAUCACUGAAGCCAUUUGAGAGGGAAACAAAUUCAGUGGCUGUUUAAUAUAAAGUUACUCCCUAAUAGGAACUACUUUGAGCUGCUCCUUCACUGUCUCUGCUAAUUCUCUUUUCAGGUUCGAAGUGCAAAUUAUGAUGCUGAUCCUUUUGUACAAGAGUUUCAGUUUCGAGUCCGAGAUGAGAUGGCCCACGUGACGGGGAGAGUACUUCCUGCCCCCAUGUUACAGUAUGGAGGAAGAGUAUGUGAAAUUUUGGUAUUUUACCUUUUCUGCUACUAAAGAGAUGCAUCUUAUUGUAAUAACCAUGAUAUUUUUGUUUUAAGAGUAACAAAUGCAAUGUAAAUUAAAUCUGUGUGGGAACCUUUAUACGCAAAUGUACCAAGAAGCUUCAUUAAAAUUAGUUUCUGCCAGCGUAGUGCAUUUAUCAUGAUAUUGUCUAUGAAAUAAGGGCGUGCUGUGAACAUGGGACCUAUUAAAAAGGUUAGGGUUUAUGCAUAUUGAAAUGGUUGAGACUGGAAUUGUUUGGCGUUUUUCUGAAACAUUAUACAAUACCCUGGGGUUAUGGAAUUUUUAUUCACCAUGAUUUUAGUGGGUCUUUACUAUGGGGCUGGACAUGGGGGAGAAUUUGCUUUGAUGCUAAGAGUUGGAGGUUUUGAUUGGGUUAGUUGGCAAAUGGCUAACUGCUAACCAAGGCAGUUUUUAGCUAUAUAUAUGAACUUCUCCUAUCUAACUCCUCUCUGUUUAGUAGAUUGGUAAACUGUGUUUCUAUACAUGCACAGUCGAGGUUUCAAUUUUCAUGGGGAUUGUUACCUACAGAUGUAUACUUCUGGUGACCGUUGUGUGGAAAUAGUUCUAUUUGCCCAAUGGGAUGCACAGUACACUAGAGGGAUACAAUAUUCCACUUUGUGAUUUAGCUGUACAUCUCCCAUCUGGUCUCCAGGGAUACCUUUGCUGCCCUUGAUUUCUUUCUACCAUCUAUUGGCUUCUCAUUACACACUAUGCUUACUUAUUUUCAUUUAGUUAGUCUUGCCUAUGCUAGUGUACACUCUAAUGUGCAUAUAUGACCUACAUACAUAUUGCUUCAAGAAAGCUAGCCUUCUUUAUACCCACCCAUCCCUCAACUAUACAGAUAGUUAAAUUGAUCUAACCUUUGGAACUCUGGAAAGUAUAUUGUAGUCAAUAUCUGAAGUGGUGCUAUGUGGCAACUCAUUUAAUAAAGCCAUUUCUUGACACCGUAUAAAUUUUCUUCCUCUCUUUAUCUUUAAUAUACCCAUCUCUAUACUUUCAAAGAGGAAUUUUAGUAAUACUUGGUACUUUGUAAAUAAUUUUGAGUUCAUCUUGAUUUUGUGUUACGUUACUCCUCAUUCAUUAAGAAUUAGUGUUUUAGUUGCUGGAUACUCUCUUAUUGCUGUUUCAACAUGAUUUAAUGUUUAGCUUAUCUGUAUAUUAAUUAUUGCCAAACCCAAAUCAGAGGGGGGGAAUGGUCACGGAGGAACACUGUUAUGUUUUUUUUUUUUCUUCAGCUUAAAUCCAAAAUAGAAUUCUCAUUUUGAAAAAUUACAUUUACUUUACUAGAGAAUAUGGCAUGUUUAUCUAAUUUCAUCAUUGUUUUAAGGGUUGGUAAAUCUAAUUUGUUGCUAGCAGACAGUCAUGUUUGAUUAAUUAUAAUGUUGUAUUAUUAGUUUGAGGUGUAGUGGCAUUGCAUGUGUUCUCUUGUGAUUUGUAAGGCUUAAAUUUCCUGUCACACAUUGGCAGUAGUACAGUGGGUUCUGUGUUUCUUAGUGGGACAAGCAAAUUGCAAAAAAACCCAAAAAUUUUAAUGAUCCCUCCUCCUUGACUUAUAAAUGCGGGCUCCCUCAGUAUUUUCUUGUCCCAGCACUGGGACGGUCGAGUGGACUGCAAGAAGGCAGGUGAUGCGCACAAGCUGAUGUCUUGGGGGAUACAGUCUUAAUAGCUCUCCGGGUGGUGAGCUAAAAGACACUGCUCUGUUUGAGGUUACGGAAGUAACAACUUGAGCCGCAUUUAUGCUGUGGAGCUUCCCGGCGACUGGGGCGUUGAUGGGCCAUUUACCUAUUGCGAGGCAGGCUUUGCGCUUGCCCACAGGGUUAGACUGCAUGCCUGGGAGGACGUGCGUUUCACAGAGGUUUUGAAUGUGCUACUGUGUAUGAGCAGUUUGGAAUCUCUGUUUUCAGUGUAAAAUUUAAAGACCUAUUUAAGCUGUGCGAGCCCUUAUGUCCGCAGGGUACGUUUCAAUUUUGGUCAUACUGUGUCACCAGCCCCCCCACCCGGUCUUGGAGAUCUUUGAGGUGAGAUUAAUUGUAUCUCUACAGAGAUUUCAUGCAGAAGAGUGUUCCAAGCAGAAGGUUUCCAAGGAAUAGCCACCAUGGUUGGAGCUCUAGUGGCUAAAGCUCAAAACCUUUGACUUUAAUCUUUGGAAAAUGGUCUACUGCAUGGUUCUAGUAAAGAGUUGCCUUACAUUUUACAUAAUAUCAGAUUGGCCAAUUGUCACGCCACCCUCCGGGUCCGCUCCUGCCAGAGAGCGGUAUGGGUCCUGGCGAGUGCGCAUCGUUGCGGCGGCAUUCCCACAAGUCAAGGGGAAUGCCGCUGGAUCCUUACCUGUCCUGCAGACGCCCGCCGGGGCCGCUCAUGCCCGGGAGUGGACUGGGACACGGCGGGCACAUCUGUCUCCAUUACCAUGUGGGAAUGCCGCCAAUCACUCACCUGAGCUCAUCCACCCCACACAGCGGCCGGGUCUGCAAUCAUUAGAGACGCUGGCCGCUGCAGAUUAGAUGCUUUUAAGGGUUUGUAAUUAACCCUUAGUGUUCCAUUCCAUUUUGAACGUGUGGGUGUGUCACACACCCACGUCCACGAUCACAUGCUUUCCUGCAGCCAAUCAGGGAGCAAUUUAGGCUAUAUAUACUUUUUUUUUUUUUGUCCAUCUCUCUGUGCCCUGUCGUGGUUUCCAUUGUGGUUAUCCAAGAGCACGUUUCUAGUAUUGAUUCUAGUGUAUUUUACUGUGGCUUUCCUUCUGACUAUUCGACUAUCUUUGGCUUGGCUCCUUACUAUUCUGACUUCUAUAUUCUGUGCCCUUGUUCAUUGUUUCCAUGGUUUCUGCGUUCUUGUCCAUAUCCUGUCUUGUGUUUUUUUUCUUUUAUACGUUUAAUUUGGCCAUUCUAAGGCCCGGAAACCCGUCUUCAGGUUUUCUUUAAUUUUUACUUAAGUUCUGCGUGUUGGGCAUUAGCUAUUCCUGACACCAAUUAAUUUUUUUUUUUAGACAUGUCUGUUGACAUCUCAAAAGCUUUCAGCUCGUAUUGUUGGUCUAUCCUCUGUAGCAAGAAGAGUUCUGUGGCUGAGGUCAUGGACGAUGGACACUGCAUCCAGAGCUGCUUUGUGUGAAUUACCACUGGAAAGUAAUGGGUUAUUUGGGUCUCCAUUGGAAGAAGUAAUAACAGAUGCCAGACACCAAAAAAGCUCUACCACAGGAUAGUAGAUACUCUUCUGGAAGUAGAAGAGGUCAUUCAGAUAUCAGGAUGGAUUAUUUAAUACUUGCAAGCAACUUUGGGACAACAGGUUUAAUGAAAAUAAUUCCAAUAAACAAGACUAAAGGAAGAGAUUCUGACACUGUAAAAAUAGGAGGGAGACUCCCACGGCUUAACCAAGAAUUGGAGAAAACUACUAUAAAUCCCUGGAUCCAGAACCAGAACAAGAUAAAGUUCACAGUAAAGCCAAAACAGAAUCUCUCCUGACAGAGGCCAUGUGAUUUUAAAAAAAAUAAAUAAAAAUGGGAUCGAGAAAGUACAAAGAAAAGUAGAAGGCUAAAGAGUUUACUCAAGAUUUUUGGUUCCUCAGCAAGAGCAUUUGGUUCGUCCUGUGUUAGUAUGGUUUCCAUACAAAAAUUUUCAGACAAAAUGAACUUGUUAAUGUUUUUUUUUUUUUUUUUAGACCAAACUGUGACUCAUUCUCCUGAAAAGAUACUUCAUGAUGACUUUAGACUUGAAAGACACAUACUUCCAUGUUCCUAUGCCAAUAGACACAAGAAGGUUUUUAAGAUUUGCAAUUUCCUCUGUAAAAAGUGUAGGAUUUUCUUUUCAAAGCACUCCCUUUAAGGCUGGCUUCUGCCCUGAGGAGAUUUAUAAAGCAUCUGGCUUCCUUAACAGCAUCAUUGAGAGAAAAAGACCUUGCCAUAGUACCCUAUUUAGACGGUUGGUUUCUCAAAGCAAAAUCACAUCAUCUACAGGAGAAUAUUCAAAUUACACGCUCUACUAAGGGAUCAUGGUUGGAUUAUCAACCAAGAAAAACAUUUCAGCUUCAACCGUCAUCAGUUAUUCAGUUCCUGGGUUUUAUCGUAGAUUCAAGCACCUUAACUCAUAAUCUACCCCCUCUGAAGAGAAGGAAAAUCCAAAAAGAAGUCUUGUUUCUUCAAAAGGAACUAACUUGCUCAAUAAGGAAAGCUAUGAGCUUUCUUUGCAUUCUGACUCCAUUAAUCCCAGCUGUCAAGUGGGUAAAAGCAGCCACAAGAUGCCUUCAAUUGGAGAUCCUUGAGCAUUGGUCCAGAAGGAAAGAAGAUUUAGACUUAAUGUUCAGCCUUUCCACGCAAGCUCGAAAGCAGUUAACAUGGUGGAAAAAAAUCAAGAUUCCUUUCUCUAAGUACCCUUUCCAUCAGAGGGAAAGGAUUGUCAUUACAACGGACGCCUCAAAUUUCGGAUGGGAGGCUCACAUUUAUUCUCACUUCUGCCAAGGGGUUUGGUCACCGGAAGAAGCACGCCAGUCAUCAAAUUACAAAGAACUAAAAGCACUGUUCUACGCUGUUUGGGAGUGCGGGCCUUGGAUUACAAGAAAGGUCAUAAAGAUGCAAUUGGACCACAUCACAGGGGUAUCCUAUUUGAAUAAACAAGGGGCACCUGUUAUGUGCAACCAUUAUGGAUUAGGCACCAGAAGAGUUAGUCUUUCGGCACUUAUAUAAAAGGGUCCGAGAAUAUUAUUGCGGACGACCUCAGCAGGGCUCAUUGGUCACAAACUGAGUGGGCUUUUUAAGUCUCAUAGGAAGUUUUUGUACACCAGAAGUGGAUCUCAUGGUAAGACAAUAGAAGUGUCAGUCUUCGCUUCCCAGUUGCGACAAGACGACCCUCAAUUCCUGGCUGGGAUUAUUAAUUCCAUGAGUCCUUCAGAAAAUCAGAGCAGACAAGGCAAGAUUAAUAGCGAUCAUUCCUUAUUGGUCAAACAGGGCUUGGUUCUCAAAUGAAUGGCCUUGACCUACAUGGAGCUGAAAGUGUUAACACAACUUCUGGAAAAAAAUGUAAUCCCUAUAGAGGCAUUCCAGAUGUUUUGGUUAAUGGAUUGGCUGCUGCAAGGAUAAUUCUACAUGAACAUGGAGUUCAUGAAAAUGUGUGUGUGUGUGUGUGACCUACUGCUAAACUACACAAGAAAGUCUACAUAAAGGAUAUACUUGAGAAUUUGGAAUAUGUACAUUACUUUGGUUGAAUGGGUUAGGCAGUGGCUGAGUGACAGGCAAGAGGGUUGUAGUCAAUAGAGUAUAUUCGAAGCAAGUUCUAGUUACUAUUGUGGUACCUCAGGGAUCUGUACUUUGACCCAUCCUCUUUAAUAUUUUUAUUAGUGGUGUUGCAGAAGGUCUUCUUAGUAAGAUAUGUCUUUAUGCUGAUGAUACAAAGAUUUGCAGCAGGUUGAUGUUCCAGCCAAAUGGCAAAUUAUUUAGGUAAACUAGAAAAAUGAUCAGAGCUCUGGCAACUGACAUUUAAUGUGGAUAAGUGCAAGAUAAUGUAUCUUGAGUGUAGAAAUGGAAGGACCGCAUAUAGAAUAUUUGAUACAAUACUAACCUCUACAUCUGAGGAAAGGGAUUUAGGAGUAAUUAUUUCAGAUGACUUAAAGGUAGACAAUGAAAUAUAGCAGCAGGAAAUGCUAGCAGAAUGCUUGGUUGUAUAGUUGAGGUAUUAGCAGUAGAAAGAGGUAAGUGCUCAUGUCAUUGUACAGAACACUGGUGAGACCUCACUUGGGGUACUGUACACAAUACUGGAGACUGUAUCUCCAGAAAUAUAUUACUACUUUGUAGAAAAUUCAGAGAGAGGCUUCAAAACUGAUUCAUGGAUUGCUGGGUAAAACUUGAGUCUGCCUACUGUUAACCUUGUUUCUGUGUUUUCUGCAUCUUCCAAUCAGGGGGGAAAAAAUAGCAUCUUCUAGAUGAAAGAAGUGCUUAACAAAUUUACAUAUACUGUCUUUUUGAGGAUUUCAUGAUUUUAGAUCAUCUGUUAAUUUUCAAGGAAUAAAUAAAGUCUCAAAGCCUUAUAUUGCUUGAUAGAUUACCAUUUACUAUUAAAUUGGCAUAGGUAAGGUGUUGGCUAACUUUACCAUUUCCAGUAAAACUCCAUUCCACCAGGGCAAUUGCUACUUCCUGGACGGUCAGAUCCAAUGCUUCACCAAAGGAUAUCUGCAAAGCUGCAACCUGAUUGUCAUUCAGCACAUUCAUGAAACACUGCAGGCUAGACAUAAUCUCCACCGCAGAGGAUGCUUUCAGGCCUAAGCUGCUCCAGGCUGUCGUUUUAGAAGACCAACCCUUUUGUCGACAUUGUUUUGGGAUUGUCUUGCUAUAUUCCAACUGUACCCUUGCCACUAUAUAACAGGAAAAACUGAAAUUUUACUUAUCAUAAUUUCUUUUUUCCUUAAUAUAGUGGCAGUACAAUGUCCCUCCCUUCAUUUUGAUAAUAAAUUUAUGUUUGCAUUUAUGCUGGUCUCUGUAUAUGUUUUGCAUUUACGCUGGUUUCUUGAUAUUUACUGAGGGAGUAAGGAAGAAUUCCGCAUUUAUAAGGCAAGGAGGAGGGAUUAUUUACAUUUAUUUUAUUUUUAUUUUGCAGUCUGCUUGUCUCUCUAAGAAACACAGAUCCCACUGUACUACCGGUAUGUUAAGGAAAAAUGAAUUUAUGGUAAGUAAAAUGUCUGGUUUUUGAGAGCAGCUAGCAUUAUUUUUUUCUGUUUUCUGUUGAUAGCGAUUUUGUAUUGGCACUAGUUUAACAAUUCCAUUCAUUUUUCUGUCAUGUGAAUAUCUCCUUCCUUCCUUGAAGAAUCGUACUGUAGCAACUCCGAGCCAUGGGGUUUGGGACAUGCGGGGAAAACAGUUCCACACUGGUGUGGAAAUAAAGAUGUGGGCCAUUGCAUGUUUUGCCACACAGAGGCAAUGCCGAGAGGAAAUUUUGAAGUAAGAAAUUUUAUUUAUUCUAUUUUUUUAAGUUUUGUGAAUUGUUCCUUUUCUUUUAAUUAAAUUCAUAGGUUGAUUCAACAAAGUAAAGAACAAAUGUCUAGAUUUAAAAGUUUUAUUUGUUAUUUACCACUGAACAUAUUCUGGAUUAGGAAAAAGGAAAUGUAAACAUUAAAUGACCCUUUACAGAUAUUGUUUAGGAAGGCUGUGUAAGUCACAUGCAGGGAGAUGUUACUAGGGCUGCAUAAACAAAGUGAUUUAACUCCCAAACUGCAGAGAAUUGAGCAGUGAGACUGCAGGGGCAUGAUCUAUACACCCAAACUGCUUUGUUAAACUUAAGCUGUUUUGUUGCCCUUAGGAUCCGUUUAAGCUAGCGCACCUCUUUUGUACAGUAGCAAAACCUCUUUCAAAUGAUGUAUUGAUAAACGUUAGUGCUUUAUAGGGAUUUAAACUUGUGAUCUUAACAUACUAAACAAACAUAGUGUUUGGAUGACAGGGAAAGAUUCAAGUAUCCCUUCAGAAUGAAAGUGAGACACAGUUUAUGCAUAGUGAACAAACAUGAGCAUGUGACUCAGAACAAUUCCAUACUCUUAAGUGCCAGUUAGUGUAAGUUUACUGUUCCAAUCUUAGCAGUGCUAGCCUUGGUAAAAUAACACAGAUUUAUUAGCCUUUAAUUUACCCUACACAUGCUAGAAUUGUCAAUUUCAAUGAUGAUCACUUUGAUUACAAAUGUUUUCUAUAAGGUAAAUAUAUAUGAUUGUUUAAAAACAAAACUUUAUGCACUAUAGAUUGCGUUUUGUUUUAAAACAAGAGCUGUUAUUAAAUGUUAAACCUGUGCAGUUAUGGUAAAUGUUAAAAUCCUCUCAUCCGUUAAGUGACCUGUGUUCUGUAAGGGUUGUGAAAUAAAUGCAAUGUCUAACUUGUUGCCUGUCUUCUUUGGACAGUGUGGAAUUGUUUACAUGUGGUAGAUGUAAAUGCUAAGUUGUCUCCCCACCCUGCUUCCUUUUCAUUAAAUAGGGCAUUCACAGACCAGCUUCGUAAGAUUUCCAAGGAUGCAGGGAUGCCCAUCCAAGGCCAGCCGUGCUUCUGUAAAUAUGCUCAGGGGGCUGAUAGUGUGGAACCCAUGUUCAGACACCUCAAAAAUACUUAUUCUGGGCUCCAGCUCAUUAUUGUCAUCCUGCCAGGAAAAACCCCUGUAUAUGGUAAGUAAAUCCAUUGCUAAAAUCUACUUUUCAAAGACUCCUGUUGUACAUUGAGGUGAGAUUCAUAUUCAGUUUGUUUAAAAAAAAAAUAAAAAAAUAAAAAAAAAAAUAGCUUGAGUUAAAGGGACUCUCCAGUGCCAGGAAAACAAAGUUUUUUUGGCACUGCAGGUCCCCUCUCCCUCCCACCCCCCCAUCCCAAGUUGCUGAAGGGGUUACGCUGGCGGGGAAGACCCAUUCCACAUGCGCAGCCGGCGGCGGGGAAGACCUAAUGCGCACGCACAUUAGAUCUCACCAUAGGAAAGCAUUGAAUAAUGCUUUCUUAUGGGGAUUUAAGCGACGCUGGAGGUCCUCACAUAGUGUGAGGACAUCCAGCGUCGUUAUAACACACUUUUCAUGUUCUAUGCUCGACGGCCACUACAGGAGGACUUAACCCUUCAAGGUAAAUAUUGCAGUUCAUGAAAAAUGCAAUAAUUACACUUGCAGGGUUAAGGGUAGUGGGAGUUGGCACCCAGACCACUCCAAUGGGCAGAAGUGGUCUGGGUGCCUGGAGUGUUCCUUUAAUGGCUAAAUGACUUACUAAACCAUUCAUAUGACCUGGAAGGACGCAACAAUUUUCAUUACAUUAAAUACAAUAUCCUGUGACAAUAUAAAGUGUAAAGUAUAGUUAGAUUUAUGUUUGUUCCUAGUCAAUCCUUUUAAUUUCAACAGCCUGAACAAACUAGGCAAACUAUCUUUCAUAGAAGGAAAAUCCCCUCUCUCCCUUUAUUAAAAACAAACUUUUUUUUUUUUUCUUUAAGCUGGAUGAUCGUUUAAUUCACGUUUGUGCAAUACAGUGUGCUGCAUUGUAAGUGAGGUAGUCUUUUCAUUGUAUAAUUUUCCCUUUUUGAUUAACAGCAGAGGUAAAGCGCGUUGGGGACACAUUGCUAGGAAUGGCCACUCAGUGUGUUCAAGUGAAGAAUGUAAUAAAAACAUCUCCUCAAACUCUCUCAAACCUGUGCCUAAAAAUUAAUGUCAAACUCGGAGGGAUUAACAAUAUUUUAGUCCCACAUCAACGGUAAGUUAUGUUUGUAGUUGUCAUGGUCAUUGAAGACUUGUAUAAGAAGAUAGUUUUAUCUUGGCCUUUUACUAUAGCUCUAUAUGAUUUUGCUUCUUCAUAUCUGAUUAAUUCAAAAUCAUUGAGAAAUGUAUAUUCUUUGCAUCAUGUGGUUUGAAUUGUAUUACAGUAUCUUGGAAACUAUGAUUUUAUAAAGUAAGUGUGUGUGUGUGUAGUAUAUAUCAGUGAGACUGCAGUACUCUGAGGAUUAGAGCCUCUGCUAGUAAUGCUCCCCAUAGAAAUGCAUUGAUUGGCGUUUUGCUACACAUGCACACUAACUUCCAAUGCUUUCCUAUGGGAAAGAACUGGAUAGGCUGAGAUUAAGAUUGAUUGAUUCUCAACCAUAGAGGCAGAGCCAGACUCUGUAAAACCAGUGCGGUGAUGGAGAAAAAGUGAGUAAAACUACCUAUUAACUCUAUUCUGAGAGGGGUUGGUAACAUAAAACAUUUAGUCCAGCACUAUAGUGUUCUAAAUACAUGUUUGUAUUCGUAACACUAAAGUGUUAAUUUAAAUGUAACAACAAUAGUGUUCCUUUAAGGAAAGUUGCAUCUGAUUGAAAGUGACAGUCUGCAUGAAAAAUAAAAACCUGGUUUCAGUCACAGCCAGGGGAUGUGUUGCAACGGGCUUCAUAAACAAAACCAAAGUAAUUUAACUCCUAAAUGGUAAAGAAUUGAACAGUGAGACUGCAGGGGCAUGAUCAAUACACUUAAACUGCCAAAGGUUACGUACACAUCCUGUUUACUAAAAAUAAAAAAAAUGUGCAACUGAUUGGUGUCAUAAUAAUGUUUGCUUUAAUAUGCCUGUACCUGCUAUUGUGGCACAUAAGGCUUGUCUGUAUAUCCUAUUGCAUGAAAAUAAUGAAUUUUUUUUUAAAAAAAUGAAUAAAAAUACACUAAAAUUGCUUCAUUAAGCUAAAGCUGUUUUGGUGAUUUUGGUAAUUUUAAUGUACAUUUGUUUUAUGUUGCUAUGCAUUUGAUUAUUGUUUUUAUUGGGUGAAAUGUUCUUACAGCAAUAUAAAAAAUUACAAGGAAAACCAAAUGGUCAAAAACAUAAUUUAUUGCAAAGAGCCUGAUGGGUUUUUCUGGGAAUUUUAUUUAUAUAAUUUUUAAAUAAAAAUGUGGGCACAGGAAUGUAAAGACGAUGUUUUAAUGUUUGUAUAAUGCCUCUCCCUGUUAGAACAAAGUGUGACCUACAAAGUUUGCUGUUAAAUAUGGGAAAAAGUUUGAUUCAUUCAAGAUUUUACAAUCCUUCUGCUGUGAUUAGAAAGGAUGGAAUAGAGCUUUUGGCACAUUUUAUCUACACUCAUUGGCGAAGCUUAAAUAAAUGGAGGUCUAUGUUUUGUUAGUAUUGUUUCAUUGAGAGCAAUGCAUUUUUCUUUUAGGCCAUCUGUUUUCCAACAACCUGUGAUCUUCUUGGGAGCGGAUGUCACGCACCCUCCUGCUGGGGAUGGCAAGAAGCCCUCAAUUGCUGCUGUAAGUAGUCUUCGUCCUAGGUUUGCAUAAUUUGUUCUCAGGUACUAAAAAAGAUUUUCAGCAUUGGUGAAAAUUUCACUUUGAAAUGCAGUUGUCUUAAUAUAUGAUGAAUGAUCGAGCUAAGAGAGAUACCAUUUUUAUCUAUCCAAUUAAGCUAGCACUUUAAGUAAGAGAAUUCAUUAAAUUGCUAUGUGAAUGCCAAAUUUUUGCCAUCUAGCAUAAGGUGCGUUGUAGUGGUUUUCAUCCUCUAUCUUAAACUUGCUUGGUCUGGUUUGUCUUUUUUUUUUUGCAGUUUAGAAGCCAUUGUAAAAUUUAAUACAGCUGCAGAAAAUGUCUUAGUAAUACAUUUAGUUGAAUAAUGUCUCCAAAUCCUCAAAUGUGCCUUUUGGUUUUAGGUUGUAGGCAGUAUGGAUGCACACCCUAGCCGCUACUGCGCUACAGUCAGAGUGCAGCGUCCUCGACAGGAAAUCAUACAUGAUUUGGCCUCAAUGGUGAGGGAGCUGUUAAUACAGUUCUAUAAAUCCACACGUUUCAAACCUACCCGGAUCAUCUUUUACCGAGAUGGUGUUUCUGAGGGUCAGUUCAGACAGGUUAGUGUUUUUUGGUUUUUUAAAGAAUUUUUCAUUGUAUUAUAUCAUAGUCCUAUAAUGAUGAGAAAGCAUAUACUCCCACAUUUUAAGCGCAACAUGUAAAACAUUGACAAUAGGUGUACAAGUAAGAAACUGGAACAUCAGAUCACCAUAGGAACAACAGAACACUAUAGUCUCUGUCUUAAGAAAAGUGUCAGCUGUGAGUUUAAGGAAAGUCAAGCUAGGUCAAAUGAUUUAUAUAUAACUAAACUGUGGUGCCACUGGGUACUAUUAAUAUUAAACAGAGAAAAUAACAGAAAUCCCUGCAAUGCUAAAAGAUUAAUUGCUAUGUAUUUGCAGAAUUUCCGAUAGCCUUUAGUCCUCUUAUUUCACAGGUAGGCCACAAUAGACAGUCUUUUUCCAUGCAGGACACCAUUUCACUUCUCGCUCCACAAAAUACUGCACUGGCUUAAUGUAAGUGAUCUGGAUUUGGUCUGCAGUACCAUUACGCCUCACCUACUUGAGUCCAGGCAUUAAAGGAAGCCUAUGUCCAAGGAUCCCCCCACUCAAAGUGGCAGGAUCUUGCUCCCAUGGCAGUCCUGGGGCAUGGAGAACCCUCCGGGUGUGUGGACGGCAGAUUGGAGGUAACUCCAAGUGGGCUUCCAGCCCAGAGGGAGAACAAUAAGAGGAAGCGGCAUCUUGGGAUUUCAGUAUAUUAAGUGAGAUAGGGAUAUAAUUCUGACAGCUGAUGCGGUGCCAUAGCGCCUGGCAGAGCUCCUCAAAUUUUGCAUUGAAACAUUCCCUUCAUCUCUGGCUCUCUGUUGUGGAAGCAUUUGCUAUGGCACCAUCUUAGAAUCCUCACACAGUCUCAGGAACAGCAGGAAUUGAUUCUGAUAUGCAGAGAUGUAAGCCUGACACCCAAGAUUGACGGAAGUGUAUCUUAGUAGCUCCAGUAAAUUUGAGCUAGAAUUAAGCAAAAUCUCACUGCAUGCUGCCCUGCGUGAACAGCAGAUCAAAACUUGAGGGAACUCCAUAAGCCUGAAUCACAUAUUAUAUAUGUAUGUAUGUAUAUGCCAAAUACUUACACUGUCCAGUUUCUUCGGCCUAGUGAGACUGUCGAUCUGAUUUAUGGUGUGCUUCACUUUCCUGAAGCCCCAUUACCCCACCUGGACCAGUCCCUGCUGGGGAACCUAUUUCUUCAGCCUUCUAAAAUUUAAAAUAUAUAAACUUAAACAUUCAAGCAAGGCAUAGUGUGUGAUGCUUGCAAGCUUGCCCUGUCUGUCAUUGAAUAAAAUCGGAAAGGAGAAGUAAAUUAAUUCCUCAUACACGCCCAAGACUUUGAACUUUUUAUAUGGUUUAACAUGUGCACUAAAAUUAUCUUCCUGAUAUCGACAAACCAUUAGUUACACGCACUGCACAUGUUACAUCAACACUGAUUUCUAUUAGUUUGCUGUAAUUUUUGUGGCAUCCAUUUCAUAACGGUCAUUUCUUUAAGAACAUUUUUCGUGCACCUACAGAAUACAGGCUUCCCUUUUUUUUAUUUUUUUUCCUGUAUGUAUUUUAUUGGGAGUAACUUUAAGGUUGUAGCAUUUGUUUAUUUUUGUGAAGGGGAUAAAAAUCUGUUUCAAAUAAAUUCCUUUAAUGUAUUUGUGUGUUUUCAAGCAGGUGUUAUAUUACGAGCUGCUAGCUAUCAGAGAAGCAUGUAUUAGUCUUGAAAAGGACUACCAGCCAGGAAUCACAUACAUUGUGGUGCAAAAACGUCAUCACACAAGGCUUUUCUGUGCAGACCGAACUGAAAGAGUAAGUAUUGUUUUUAAAUAUUAUAUUGCCAUCUCCUUCCAUAAGAAUAAAGAAAAAAAAUACCCAACAUAUCCUAAAGUAUUUCCGAAACGUACAAGCAUACUUCUCCAGUUUGGGAUUAUUUGCAUAUGUCUUGGAGUACAACGGAUAUAAUCUUUUAGCUAUUUUAGUAAAUAUCUCUUCUGUCCACUGUAAUGAUCAGGGACCUUGUCAUAUGCGUAACUUCAUUAGUAGUUUGAGUUUUAAGAUUUCAAUGUAUUGUAUAAAUUUUUAUUGAAUCACCCUACAUCUUUCUAGAGUAUCUUCUUGCACACUUGCCAAUAUCUCAACAACAAAACAAAAAUGUAAUUUUGUAUUAAAUCUGUUUUUAUUGAGGUCAACACAAUAAGCAGUUUUCCCACGCAGGGGAUAAAGCGUAAACAAUGCACUUUUUAUGGAAAAACAUGAGUAGUUAUGUGUACAAGUUUAUCAUAUCAUGUUAUAGCUUUAUAAUGUGUUACCCUUUUCAUUUGGUAUCUAGUGCUCACCGCUCAAAGUUAUCUUAUAUGUACUCUGCACCGAACUAUGCAACACAUGUGGCUGGAUUUUUAUACUGGCUAAUGGUCUGUCAAGACAAAACAAUCCUCUCAUAAUGCACAGCCUGAUGUAGGCCUGUGUUAUCUAUGCAGUUCUGGUAAAAGGAUAUACAUACUACCACAUUAUUAAACAUGCUGUUAAAUAUGCUGUACUCUGUAUUAACAUGUGAACAUUAUCACUUUUGUGGCUAAAGCGGUGCAUUUGUCUGGCAUUGUGUUGCCAUGCUAGAUCAUAUUUGUUGACAUUAUGACACUGUUUCCUUAUUUGCACAAUAGGUAUGCUAUGAAGUAGAUAUACAAAACAUUAAAAAUAAUAGCUUUCAAACUUUCAACAUAAGGAGUAUAUUCGUUUUUAAAUGCACGGUAAAGAUGGGAUGUAUAUCUCUUAAUAAGUUGCAGUUAUGUUCAGGUCCCUGAGUGUUAAGCGGGCUCUUCUCAAGCCAGAUGUAUGCGCUAACUGUUUUAAACAGCGCUUAAUGUAUGUUCACUGUGGGCGCGAGCGGCAUGUGGCUGCUUGUGUCUCAGUGAGGCGGUAUGCGGCAGUAUGGCAUAUGUUAUGGCCUAGGGUGUUAUUUUAAUAAGCCUCUUAUCGAAUAUCCUACGGCGGAGCAGGUGUGUGCUACUGCAGUGUUGCCUGCGCAGAGGUUCAUUGUGCUAAAAAGUAAUUAAGCAAUAAGCUGGGGCCUACGCAGAGGUCCAGUAUGAUUUUACAGGCUGUCAGUCGUUGACCCUACCUAAGCAUUUAAGUUCAGUGCUGUGUUCAUGCGCUGCUGGUCACUUUGUGAGCCAAUUUUUAGCCACUGGUAAUCAAGUUUUCUCGCGAAUUGAACGGAAACCUUAAAUAACAUUCAAUAAUAUCAAACGAUAUAAAUUUAACGAUAUCUAAUGUAGUCACCACGUAUUGCCUUCUUUUGUCAUAUUCAGUUGUAGGCCAGGGUGCACCUAUGUAAAUAUUUAGUAUAUAAUGCCACAAUCAGGUGUAUACCAUUGCUAAAUAUACUGUAAAUGUGAAGAAGAAGAAUAAAUAAAUAAAUAAAAAAUCCCCCCCCAACAAACAAACAAACAAACAAACAAAAAAAAAAAAAUUAUAUGUAUGUGUCACACAAACUCAAAUAAUUGCUUAAUCGUACGGUGUGGUAAGCUUAAAUGGCAGAGGUAUUGCACUAGUCAGGCGAUAAUAAAUCUUAUCUAUUAGCAUUAUAAUAGUGACUUAUUAAUUGCACCGUAGGCAUGCUGUGGAACCAAUGUAUAUAAAUUGAAACUAACAAUAAAUGAAUAACUAAAAUAAAAACUGUCAGACUUUUGACAUAUUCGUUUUUAAACUGAGCUGAGUAUGUAUGAACUAAGGAGCAGUAUAUCGUUAAGCAGUAAUAAAGGGUAUGAGCCUAGACCUAGCUUACACAUUUUUAAGCUAGAGUCCUGCAUGUUCCAUUAGUUCCCUAGUGAUAUGGGAACUGAUGCAGUGUUCAUAUAUGGAGGUAAGAAAGCACAUCUUGAUGAGGUAACUUAUGCCUUGCUGAAUCAUCAUGUCGGCCUGCAUGGCCGUCUGUGAGGAGUCUCUCACUGCGUCUCCAUCAUAUUGUCCCUGGGUCGCCAGGCCUCCUUUCGUCCUCCCCCAGCCGGCCCCCACCCGCCAGCUGGGCCCUCCGCUGCACUGUGGGCACUCAGGAGCAUGAACCGUCCUUUGGACCCAACCACAAAAUCCGCGGGUCGUCUGCUCCCUGCACCUCCCCAGCUACACGUGAGUCCACUUCGAGCGCGCACUCUGCUGUCUCACCCGGUGCCGGCCACAUAUUUGGAGCUGGUGGCUAUCCCCCCCGACCACCGGUCCGUCGGGAGGGCAGCGUUGGUCCUGCCCCACCGGGCUCGCGGCAUCAGGGACAAAAGCUCUCCGGGGACCCCACAGACCCAGAGGCUCAGAUGCCCGCUCCACUAGUGGUCGGGAGCUCAGCGUGGGGGGUCUGUCCGGCGCCCGACCGCCAGGGCCUGUACGAGGUGCCUCAGUCAGUCUCCCUUGUUUAGUCCUCUGUGUUCCGUCUCCUUUGGAGUAAGUCUGCAGGCGGGCCCCAGUCUGGUGGCCUUUGCCUGUUUAGGGGAUCGGUGUUGGCCCCAUGCGGUUUCUUCCGCCCUGGAGUAUGUCAUCCCCAUGUGGCCGGGAUUACCCCCACCGGCCGGGGGGGGGGGAGCAGGGCCGGGCCACCCCUUGUGGCUUUGCUGUCCUCCGUGAAGAAUUGCCGGGUGUCAGUCUUCCCCGGCCUGUUGGGCCGCUAUCUGUGCGCCUACAGGUGUCUUGCAUGUCCAGGCUCAUUAUGGCGUGUAGGCCCGGUUUAGGAGACUCAAUGUUCCCAUCACCGGGUUCAGUGUGGUAUCUUCGGAUAGCUUAUGUGUUCCUCUUCAUCAGUAUGUAGAUGAAUCCAGCUUUAUUGUAUUCUGUGUGCUGUUUUUUAGCCGUUUCCCUGGGCUCAGCCUGGGAGACAUGAGGUUCUGCUGCCAUCCAGCCUGGCGGCCCGGCCCCGCCACCCCCAAAAAUGUAAUUUUUAAUGGUGCAAAAUGUCCAGUUAUUUGUAAAGGCAAGCAUAUAGUUUAUUUUCUGCAGUUUGAUGCAAACAUUCAGUUUUUAACAGUCUGUAGUAUCGACAUGCUCAAAACUCCCACUUGCAGCUAACAUACAUAGUUUAAUAUUAUGAGGUUGUAAUCCACAGACAAACCAAAGCCUCUAUUGCCGCUCGUGAUUUCUCUUGCUUUAGGGAUCCUAAUAUUUGAAGUGUUGGCAAAUAUAAUAAAACAUACUGUUGGACCGGAAGUUCUUCUUCAUGAAGAUAUUGACAACAUCUGAUUCUUUCUUAUAUUGGUGCUGGUUUUAACAUUACUGGAAAACAUUAUCCACUGUUCAAAAGCUGACCCAUACUUUGAUUUUUUUUCAAGGCUGAUGGUCAAGUGCUACUGCUAGUACUACACCUAUUGUCAAACUAUUCAUGGGUGUCUUCAUAUGCAACACAUUUGAGGAUUUUGUCUGUUUACCUUUUCUGAAUUUUUUUUGUAUUCUCUGGAGUUUUGUAUAAAAAUUCUAAUUUGACCCAGUAUUGUGCAAUACUGCACCAAUUUCCCUUGUUUUAUCUUAUGGAUAAAACUGUUACUCUGCCUUCAUACAUUUAAAAAAAAUUUCUGCUGAUUACAUUCACAAAUUAGACAAAUUAUUACUGGAAAAAAGCAUUUACAAUGUGUCUUUGUUAAAUUAAAAAAAAAAAAAAGGAAGACUGGCUGGGUUGGGAUAUUGGGGGUGGGGGGGGUGGGAGAGGUGGCAUAUUUUUGUGCAGCUUGAGAAAGAAACAAUAUGGAACAGGAUUUUUUUUUUAGGGAUUAAAUUGGAGCAAAUAGGAAAAGUGAAAUAAAAACAGUUUAUAAAAUAAAGGCAACACUUUUUUUUAAAAUUUUUAUUAUUAACCCCUGUGUACUGUAAACAUUGUUUAGUGGCUCUGAUGCACAGCAUGGCUGUGUCUUAUUGGAAUGUAUCCUGUUAUAGGAUCUUAUUGUACAGUUCUGGGCUGCUUGUUCAUAGUCAAUCUCUUUAUCUGUAUAUCAGGUUGGGAGAAGUGGAAACAUCCCAGCUGGUACAACGGUGGACACGGAUAUCACACAUCCAUACGAGUUUGACUUUUACCUCUGCAGCCAUGCUGGAAUACAGGUGAGUUUUAGUACCUUGCAUACAUUGAUAUAUUCCAUAGCUUGUUUAGUAGAACUAUAAUUUAGACAUAAGGUGAUACUCUCUAAAUUUAUACACAUUUGUAUUUCAUUCUACUAAUUCCAGCAGAAAACUGGCAAAUGGGUUAAAUCAUGCUAUAACUCACAUUCUCCCUACUCACCACCUGCAAAUACACCGGAUAAGCGCUAGUGUCAACGGAGUAUAGAUAUUAUCGCAAGCAGCAAACACUUAUAAUAAGGGUUACCCUCAACCCCUUACUGAAACAAUAUGCAAAAAAUAUAGGUUGUGCCAAUAUAAAGUCCAAUUAGUCCACAAUUGCUGGAGUCAAGACUUCAAAUGGUGGAAGUAUGUGGAAUAAAAGCUGGAAAUAACCAGUAAUGGUGCAGAGCGGAUGGAACUAGGUGCAGGACAUACAACAAUAAUAUAUAUGGUAUAUCGCUCUCAUUUGAGAAAGCUCUGAGUUUAAAAGUCUGCAGCGGUACAAACCCCCUGAUGGAUAUGUAGAUCUAGGGGCUGGUGACUCAAUGUAUAGUUUAAUAUAUAAAAGAUAACGGCAAACAAAUAGUGCUCACUGUAAUCAAUGUAAGAAUAUUCUACUCUCAUGCAGUGGAGCAGUAGAUCCUGCUCAGAUGGUAGCGCUUGGGUGGUAUCCCCACCAAGGAUAUAAUUUUGCAUAGAUCCUUCAAGCAGUAGUAUCCAAAGUUUCCUUAUUAGGUAAGUAUUUUAGUGCCAGGAACAGAAGAAAAUAAGAAAAUAAAAAAUAAUUAAAGCAACUAAAAGCAUAAAAAGUGUAAUAAAUGGACAAGCACAACUAGUAGUGAAUGCCAAAUAUACUUUGAUUAAAACAAAGUUUUUUGCCAACUGGGAGUCUUUCUCAAGGGUAGAUCUACAUUUUACCUUCGGUUCUGUUGUUUGAUUUAAGUGAACAGGAGAUAAGUACUUCUAAAGAAAACUGUUUACUGUAAGAUACGAUUGAAAAUUAAAACUUUAAUUGAUGCUGUGAGCGUUAUCGGCGGGGAAGGUGUGACGAGGGCUGCAUAAAGUGAUUUAACUCUGAAAUGGCAGGUAAUUGAGCAGUGAGACUGAAGGGUCAUGGUCUAUACACCAAAACCGCACUAGAGUACAGUUGUUUUUCACUCAGUCUUGUUAGGUUGGAAUUGCUGAUGUAUUCUGCUGGAGAAAUAGAAAAAAACCAAAUCUCUUAUUUUAGAAUGUAAGACUGUAUUUUCUUUUCUUCUCUCCUAUCUGACGGCAUUUGUUUUAACAGAAUUGUUUUAAACACUAGUAGCUACAUGCAGCAUUUAACCAAUUAUACAUGUUUUGUUGAUAUUUUGUCUCAACGCAGGGUACCAGCAGGCCCUCUCACUAUCAUGUUUUAUGGGAUGAUAACUGCUUUACAGCGGAUGAACUCCAGUUGUUGACCUACCAGCUGUGCCACACAUACGUGCGCUGCACGCGCUCAGUCUCCAUACCUGCACCUGCCUACUAUGCCCAUCUUGUGGCAUUUAGGGCACGGUACCACCUGGUUGACAAGGAGCAUGACAGGUAACUUGGCUAUUGAUUAGUCAGCAAUGAGUUCAUUGGGGUGCCAUAAUACAAUGCAAGGUCAGCUCAUAUUGACAUCUAUAAGACAAUAGUAAUCACCUACCACUAGUACAUGUAAUCUAUUCUAGAUCAUGGUUUCUUAACCCAUAAUGCAUGUGUUCCAUGCUAUAUUAUGCAGUAUACAGGUAUUUGAGAGACCUUAUUGAUCUUGGAUGUACUAGACAAAAAAAAUUGAAGUUAGAAAAUGUGCAUUUUCUUCAUGGCUGAGGACGAUUCCAGUUUUGUAAUUUGAUUGAACGCUACUGAAGGGUCGGUUUGUACAAAUGCCUUUUUGGUUAGUGGUGGCAUGAAGGCAUUUAAAGCCAAUCUUUUGAUACAUGGGAUCAUUUGUUUUGAAAGACAAAUACACUACAUGCAAAAGUAGUCAAGCGUUCUGAUUGAUUUGGCUUUCUCCACUACAAUUGUUUAGCGGUGUUAGAGAUGAACUAAACAGCCAUGCAGUCUCUUUAGAAUGAGAUAGGACAGGUGUUGAUCCUUUUGAUCUUGAGUUUUUUUUUUUUUUUAAUUGCAAACCUAGUUAUGGAGGCCACUAGAAAAAAAAAAUUGGGAUAUGUUUUAGCCAUAGUAUAGUGGCUUAAAUAUUCUUUAACUGUUUUACAGCUGAAAACCUACAUCUUUCACAAACCUGUGUUUUCUUCUGCAAAUAGUAAUCUAAAACUCAAAGCUUUCUAGUUUAAAGGAGUGUUACCUCCCAAAGAUCACUGUUUUUUGUAGUUGAAGAGUUUUUUUUCACUUUUGGGAGCAACAAAGGUUGGUUUAACAUUUUUCUAGGUCAUGUUUAUAGGUAUAAAAUAAAAUCAAACAAAAAUGUUCUGUAUAGUUGCAUGUCAUAUGAAUUUCACCUGUUGGUAAAGGUGAACAUUUUAAUACAAGACCAUGAUUUCCUGUAAGCAUGUGUUAAGUUGUUUUCUUUAGGAUGUUGCUUUUUUUUUUUUAAAGCUUACAUAGUUACAUACAUAGUUACAUAGCUGAAAAGAGACUUGCGUCCAUCAAGUUCAGCCUUCCUCACAUAUGUUGUUGCUGUUGAUCCAAAAGAAGGCAAAAAACCUAGUCUGAAGCGCUUCCAAUUUUGCCACAAACUAGGAAAAAAUUCCUUCUUGACACCAAAAUAGCAGUCAGAUGUCUCCUUGGAUCAAGCAGCUAUUACCCCACUAAUUCGAAAUUAUUUCCCUGUGUGUUGUGUUUUUGCAAGUAUUUAUCCAAUUGCAGUUUAAACCUCUGUAGUGACUCUGACAAAACCACCUCUUCAGGCAGAGAAUUCCAUAUCCUUAUUGCUCUUAUUGUAAAAAAAACUUUUCUUUGCCUUAGAUGAAAUCUCCUUUCUUCCAGUCUAAAUGUGUGACCUCGUGUCCUAUGUAUAGCCCUGUUUAUGAAUAGAUUUACAGAUAAAGGUUUGUACUGGCCCCGAAUAUAUUUGUAUAAAGUUAUCAUAUCCCCUCUCAGGCACCGUUUUUCCAAACUAAAGAGAUUAAAUUUUUUUUAACCUUUCUUCAGAACUAAAAGGCUCCAUUCCUUUUAUCAAUUUUGUAGCUCGUCUCUGGACUUUUUCUAGUGCCAUGAUAUCUUUCUUUAGAACAGGCGCCCAAAAUUGCACAGCAUAUUCAAGGUGUGGUCUUACCAGCGAUUUUAUAAAGCGGCAAAAUUAUAUUUUCAUCCCGAGAAUUUAUGCCUCUAUUUAUACAGGACAAAACCUUACUGGCCUUAGCAACUGCAGAUUGACAUUGCAUAUUGCUGCCUAAUUUGUUAUCUAUAACAAUUCCCAAAUCCUUCUCGUGUGUGGUUAUCCCUAAUUCACUACCAUUUAGUGUGUAAGUUGCUUGUGCAUUCUUAACCCCCUAAGUGCAUUACUUAGCUUAAUUUCAUAAAUAAAAAAGUUUGUAAGCUAUAUGGUUGAUUUACACAAUUUUUUAUUUUUUAUUUUUUUUCUCAGUGCUGAAGGAAGCCACGUAUCUGGACAAAGCAAUGGACGGGACCCACAAGCCCUAGCCAAGGCUGUGCAGAUUCACCAGGACACCUUACGCACCAUGUACUUCGCAUGAAAGCGACCUUACCCCCUAAACACGCACAGGUUUGACUUACUGCAAGCAAUCCGAAGGAUCUGCCACGUGGGUUCCAGGGCUUAAGAGGGUGGUUCCCUAUCAAGGGCAUUGCCCUUUCUAACCCUCCCCAGUGCUCCCUUCUAGCUUGCACUGAAGCCCAGGAGCAGUUGAUUGAAGGGAGGGUUAGUCCUCGGCAUAGAAGAUCAUGAUGAACAGCACUAUUAUGCAAUAUAAAACCAGCCAACUGCUAGAUCGUUGUAAUGGAGCCUCCACUUGGAUGCACUGCUUUUGUUUUGUCUUUGUUACUUUCCAUUAUUUUAACCCUUUUAUGCCUUUACCUCAAUUUGCUCUGCAGCCCUAGCUGUCUUUGCAAGGAAACAAAAAAAUUUAACUAGAAAAUAGUAAGGGUGUAUGUGGUACGCUUGGAUGGAGAUUUUAUAUAUUUCUCCUCAUACACUGCUGUAUUUGACUGGUGGGGGAAGUAGCACCAUUUUACUUAUAGCAGUGUAAUGUAAUCCUGAUGUCCUUAAAUGUAUUUAAUGUAUUGCUUAUUUUUCAGAGACAAGUGAUGCUAAAGUGUGAGAAUGUAAAGUAUACAUGGCCAUGAACUUUUACCACCUUUGGUGGCAUAGGGAAUGACUUGCAGUAGCACAGGAAAUUAAAAUAUACAAGCAGCACUUCUUGUGUGAAUGUCAAGGUAUGUGAGUGUUGUAUAAAUGUGACGUAUGAGUGAAUCUAGCUAAUUAUAAAAGAGGAUGAAGAAUGUUGUUCAAAAACGUUGGUGGUCCUCCCCCUCCCCCCAUUUACCCUCACACCUUUUUAAUAGGUGUCUUCAGUACUGCUGUUGUAUGUGUACUACUUCCCAACCCCAGUGCGUCUCCGUCAGUCUAUUCAAACUAUAGUUUGCUAGUAGAUAUCAUGACUAGAUGUGCACAAUGCUAAUACUCUCCAUCUGACCAUAUCACCUCUAACCUACCACCGAAGUUGCUAGUUAAGCCAGGUAAAGAGUGCUUAGUAUUGAUCUACACAUGUCUUGUGCUGCAUCUACACCUUUCCACCUCACUACUAGAAACGUACUGUAAAAAUUGGAACAUGGAUGCCUACUUAUUCAGGACAUUACUGUUUGAGCUAGUGAGGGCUGCACAGCAUUGACCACCCUGCAUAUAUAAAUAUAAAAUUACAGUUGUGUUUUUAAACUCUACUGCAUUCUUUCAGGAAAUGCGUCAAUGCAACAUCUAGUGUAGAAAGGUGAAGAUGCAGCAUUUUCUACUGUUUCUUUAAACAGUAGACUUCCUUUCUUCUUCUUGUCAAUUUUAUUUUUGCUCCUAUAUACUUUCAGUUACAUGUUGUAAUGUAAAACUUUUCCAGUCAUUUUUUAAAAAUAUUUAUUAGAGUAAUAACACUUAAUUUAAUUAUUUCAAAACUUAUUAGCAAACCAUUUUCCUUAUAUUUUUAUUUGUUUUUGCUUGUUAGGGAACUGUAAUAAUGUUGUAAAUGACGCUUUUCAUUUUGUUUAGCUGAUUAUAGUGCAAUAAGCAGAAAUUAAUUGUAAUUCCCACACUGCCAGUGGGAUCUGCAGAGCAUUGCAUAAAAGCCUUAAUUAUGAAAGGGAAGUGUCAAAGUAGCCUUGGUGGUAUUAUUUUAAUAAUCUAUAUAACACUGACAUUUUUUUGAAAGUGUUGUGUCUACACUUUAAUUGAGAAAUAUUACAAGAAACCGGUUUCCAACAGUGUGAAUUGUGCAAUUUUUGGUACUUUUGCUUUAAAUACAAAGUAUUUUUUUUAUUUUAUUUUUCCCCUACGGACCAAUAUAUAAAUAUAUAUAUGAAUUCUUGAUUGUAGUUUGUACACGGAUACAGGAGUGCAUAUUGUAUGUGCAUAAUGAAGUUCAUUUUACUGGGUGAAAGUAAAGUGAGAUCAUUGAAUUUAAUUUACCUAAUGUCCUAAUGAAGAAACCUCAUUUCAGUCAAUGAAAGUCCAACACUCUCCAGGACCAAUGCAGCUACUAGAUUAGAAUUUAGCAAUCACAAGCGACUGAUCUUCUGUCUAUUUUAACACCACCAGAUUUUGUAUUUAUAUGCAUUGCAGCUUACUUCUAAAGGCAGCUGUAUUUGGUUGCAAAUAUACAUGGAAUUUGUGGAGGGAAAACGGUUCAAUAAAUUGGAAAUGAUUGGUUAGCAUGUGUGUCUGCUUUUCCUUUCAUUAUUACAGAAACAGUCUCUUGUUUGCUCAGCACUUUAGAACUCUCCUGGUUAAAUAUGUUAAGAAUUUUUUUAGACUUGGUUAUGUUGG